AUGGUACUGGUACCAGUAUGUACAUACACUGUGGACCUGCUCCCAGGAGGUCAGGCAGGUCAGGCAUGGCAUGAUAUAAUUUCUGGGUGGGCCUCCAUGGCAUUGUCACUGGGAUGGUGUUCAUGGCAUUGGUGCUGGGACAGCUUGACUGAUGGCCUCAUGGCAUUGGGGAUGUGCCAGAACUCAUUAAAAUGGUGCUGUGACAGCCUGCAUGAUGCCCUCAUGGCAUUGGGGAUGUGCCAGAACAUAUGGCAUAGGUGCUGGGACUGCUUCCAUGGCAUUGGUGUUGUGCUGGAGCACAUUACAUGGUGCUGGGAUGGCUUGCAUGAUGGACUCAUGGGGAAUAUAACAGAAUACAUGGAACUGGUGCUGGGGUGGCUUCCAUGGCAUUGGUGUUGUGCCAGAACACAUUACAAUGGUGCCAGAAUGGCCUGCAUGAUGGCCCCAUGGCAUUGGGGAUGUGCCAGCACUCAUUACACAGGUGCCAGGAUGGCCUGCAUGAUGGACCUGUGGCAUUGGGGAUAUGCCAGAAUACAUGGAACUGGUGCUGGGCUGGCCUCCAUGGCAUUGGUCCAGUGCUGGUACACAUUACAAUGGUGCCAGAAUGGCCUGCACAAUAGGCCUCAUGGAUGGCUUCCAUGGCAUUGGUGUUGUGCUGGAACACAUUCCAAUGGUGCUGGGAUGGCCUACAUGAUGGCCCCAUGGCAUUGGGGAUGUGCUGGAACACAUGGACCUGGUGCUGGUGCUGGCUCACAAUACAUUGGUGCUGGGACAUCUGCCAUGAUGGCCCCAUGGCAGUGGCAAUGUGCUGGAGCACAUGGCAUUGGUGCCAGCAUGGCUUCCAUGGCAUUAGCAUUUGCUGGCCAGGACAGCUUCCAUGGCAUUAGUCCUGGGUUGGUGUUGGCCUGGCUCACAUUGCAUUGGUGCUGGGAUGCCUUGAAUGGCAUUGGUAUUGGGUCUGCCCACAUGGAAUCGAUGCCAGAACAGCCAGCAUGGCUUUGGUGUUGUGUUGGCCUGCAUGGCAUUGGUAUUGGGCCUGAUCAUAUUGCAUUGGUGUUGGCCCAGCUCGCAUGGCAUUUGUCCCAGGAUGGCCUGCAUGGCAUUGGUGGUGGGCCAGCCCACAUGGUGGUGUUGCAAGGAUGGCUAGCAUGGCAUUGGUGUUGGGCUGGCUUGCAUGACAGUGUUGCCAGGGGUGAACUCAGGGGCUGA